AUGGCGAGCGAUCCCAGGGUACACAAGCCUCGUCUGCCGAAAGCUUACACCGACCAGCAGCUUGCCUUUCUCAAAGGCAGUCUGCCAGAGUUCGAACGGCGAUCGCAAGGAUCCAUUCGCGGCGAUGCGAAGAAGUUCGCACUGGAGAGGGCCCAGGAUUUCAUCGUGCGCUUCGGGCUGCCCGAUGAGUUCGUCAACAUCGAGGAACCAGAGUCUCGCUUCAAGGAGCAAAUCUACAACUGGUUCAAGAACACUGUUGGCCGAACAAGGCGGAAGUUAGAAGGGCGUCCACGGUCUGCGAAGAAGGCCGCAGAGAAAGCCGCCGCGCUCGCCAAUGACCUCGCAUGGAAUUCCUCGGUCGCCACUCCCAAUGUCGUGCCAUACUCCCAUGCCGAGAGUAGCACCAGCAGCCCUGUUAACCAAGCCCAAACUCUCAUCUCGCCCAUCCAGUAUGGGGGCAUUCAGCCUAGCUCCUCAAUGCAGCAGAACUCGUCUAUGCAGCAGACGGCCCCCAUGCAGUCGAACUCAUCGAUGCAACAGAAUCCAUCCAUGCAGCAGACCCCCACGAUGCAGACGAAUUCUUCGAUGCAGCCGACCCCGAUGCAGCCGAGCCCUUCGAUGGGUCCACCUCCGCAGGCCCUAGCCAAUCCGAAUCCCACGCACACCCUCUCGACUCUCGGACUGUCCAUCACCCAAAGCACGAUCCGCGAAACUUUCCUGCAGGGCGUCGACUCCUCCACGGUGGCCAACAUGAUCCAGUCGUUUAUCGCCAGUGCUGCGCCUUCUUCGAUACCGCUGACACCCGUUGUCGAUGCCCUCUUUGACGCCAUCUCAGAGUCCUCUUCGCCCAACCCAUUCAGCCGCGACCCUCUUCCGUAUCUAAAACAUUUCCUCGAAGCUUCAUCCUACUUUACUUCUUCCGUCAUCCAUGCAGGUGUUUCCGGCCCUCUUGCUGGCCCCCGCGCCCUGCAGAUGCAAAUUCGCAAGAAUUCUGUAUGGACACCUACACCUUCCGCUGCGCGAGGCAAUUCCAGCACGUCGCGGUCCACUCCUGUAGUAGGGGUGUCCUCAGGAUCGGCCUCGCUCUCAGAUGAGAUGCAACGCAUUGCUCUGGAUCGACAGCGGCGGAAGGACCAUAUCCAAUGGGCACGGAUACAUGCGGCUGCGCUCGAGCUAAACAUGCUCGGUCUCGGACGUGCUUCGGAUGUAGACAACACCGGAUACGCAUACGCCAUGGGCAGGGCUUUCUCCGAGAUGACGGCCCGGGACGCUGUGUGGGAGCCGGAUGAGGUUGAAUGGGUGGCGGGCAUUUGUGUGCUACGUUCGGUGAUCAGGACCGCGAUCUGCGGAGACCGGAGGCAACGGGAUGAAUAUGACGAGCUGUUGAGGACCUAUGAAGGCCGGUGGAAGGAGAUAAAGGACGAGGCGAGGCAGGGCCUCUGCACGGAGGUGUUACUCUCGGCCAAAGACGAGCUGGCCAGAUUGGAUAACUCACUGUCAUGA